AUGACAUUCCAAAUCAUGGUCCACGCCUACCGCAAGGCCGGUAUGUCGCCGGGAGACUUCAAGAAACACUACGAUUCGCACGUCGACCUUCUCAAACGUAUCGCUGGCGACGUCUUCCCACUGUCCCACAAACGCAUGUAUGUGGCUCGCACAUCCGUUGAUAUCGCUGCCGAGGGAGCAAGCUCUUCCAAUGCCACCACCCCGGCCGCUGUCAUUGUUGGCGAGCAAUCGGACUUUGAGUUUGAUGCGUUUGUGGAGCUUACAUUCCAUGAUGAGAAAGCUUUUCUGGCUUUUGUUGAGAAGUGUCGUGGGCCUGAGUUUGGUCCUCAGGUGACUGCGGAUGAAGAGCUCUUUUUGGAUCGACUGGCUGUUGUGGCUAUUGGGGAGGUUUCUGAAACGACGGCGUGA